UCUCGCGAUGAAGGCUUCCCUCUUUUUCGUAUUGAUUCACGCAUUGAUCGCGGGAGUGUUGUGUCGCCGAGAAGGGAGCGGAAACACGCAGGCGACAAAUAUGAUGAGCUCUGAUCACGACCUUCGGGAGGACGAGAAAGGGGAUAAGGUUCUUCUGUCCAGGAAAAGAAGAUUCCUUAGUUUUCCGGAGGGUAGUGCUUUCGUGUCAACCUUGUCCAUCGUUAAAGCGCUCCAGUUCACGCAGAGCCCACCGACUAACGUGAUCAUCGAGUUCGACGUAAUUUGGCCGAUUCCGAGCAACAACAGACGCCUUUUGGGACCUGAGAACCGGAUGUCCGUCAAAAAGAGAGUCUACAGGCCUUCUUCACAUUGGCGAGUGCAUCGUCGUCAGAAGAGGGACUUGUAUUCCACCUACGAAGCUGCUCUCGAGAGCCAGGGUUUGCCAGGCAAGGAGUGUAUACUGAGGACGAUUUGCGAGGCACAGAGCGUUCUUUCACCUCCGGGAGUUUCAUUUUUGGAGGAUAUGCUCAGAAUACUUUUGAGCAAUGUUGCGAGGUCGGAAAACGAGAUCGACGAAUACGAUUUGGCGUAUAAAUCGAGGAAGGAUUGCGACCUGAGAUACGAAUGUCCGUUCUCUAUACUGGAACUCCUUUUAUCGUUUGAUCAAAAUUUGUACACUUAGCCAAAUUUUUUAUUUAAAUUUCAUGUUUUCCACAUAACUUAUGCAACAAUGAAUAAAGAAAAUU